UUUCAGAUUAUUGAUGAUUUUUUGAAUGCCUCCAAAAAGAAUGGAGCAGUACUCUUUAGUUUGGGUUCGAACAUGAAAAGUUCCAGCAUACAACCAGAGACUGUUAAUAUAAUUUACAAAGUACUACAGGAACAUAACGUGAUUUGGAAGUGGGAAAAUUUGGAAAAUACCCCUGGUAAUGCCUCAAAUAUACUCUACCAAAAAUGGUUACCCCAAGAUGAUAUACUCGCACAUCCUAACCUUAAGCUUUUCAUCACACAUGCCGGCAAGGGUGGAAUGGUGGAAGCGAUUUAUCACAGUGUGCCUAUGGUUGCAAUACCAAUAUUUGCUGAACAACCCACGAAUGCUGCUAAAAUAGUGUCUUCCGGUUAUGGAGUACUAGUGGACAUUUUAAAUUUGGAAGAAAAUAAGUUCAGAGACGCCAUAUUGGAAGUUCUUCAUAACCCAAUAUAUCGCAGUAAUGUGCGUCGAUUUUCAGAACUAUAUCGAAAUCGUCCAUUGACUGCUGGAGAAUCUGUUAUUUUUUGGGUUAAAUAUGUUAUACGUCAUCAUGGAGCUGUACACAUGCAAAGUCCACUGAUUCAUUUGAAUUUUGUUCAGUCGAAUAGCUUGGACGUUAUAUUAGCUAUCUUGAUAACACUUUAUUUGCUGUGGAAGUUGCUGAAAUUUAUUUGUAAGCUUUUAUAUAAAUUAGUCCGUUUAGCUAUAGGAAAACAAAAUGCAGCGCUUUCGAAUAAAUCAAAAAAGGAAUGAGUU